UCCCGCCGUCCGCGGCCGCGUCCACAGCAUGGCCGCGCUGGGGCGGCCGGGCCCGGGGCCGCGCUCCGCGCUGCCCGCCUGGAAGCGCGAGAUCCUGGAGCGGAAGCGGGCCAAGCUGGCCGCGCUGGGCGGGGGCGCGGGGCCCGGCGCGGCGGAGCCCGAGCAGCGGGUGCUGGCGGAGAGCCUGGGCCCGCUGCGCGAGAACCCGUUCAUGCGGCUGGAGGCCGAGCGGCGGCGCGGCGCUGGCGCGGCGGGGGCGCGGCUGCUGGAGCGGUACAGCCGCGUGCCGGGCGUGCGCGCCCUCCGCGCCGACAGCGUCCUCAUCAUCGAGACGGUGCCCGGCUUUCCGCCCGCGCCGCCCGCCGCGGGGGCCGCGCAGAUCCGCGCCGCCGAGGUGCUGGUGUACGGGGCGCCGCCCGGCCGCGUCAGCCGCCUGCUGGAGAGGUUCGACCCGCCCGCCGCGCCGCGCCGCCGCGGGAGCCCGGAGCGCGCCCGACCCCCGCAGCCGCCGCCGGCGCCGCCCCGGCCCCCGCCCGCGGCUCCCAGCCUGCCCGCCGCGCCCGGGCCCUGCAGUGGCGGGGCGAGCCCCGGGGCCCGGCGCAGCGACUUCCUGCAGAAGACCGGGAGCAACUCCUUCACCGUCCACCCCCGGGGUCUGCACCGCGGCGCGGGCGCCCGCCUGCUCUCCAACGGGGCCUCGGCCGCUCAGCCCCGGGCCAGCCCUGCCAACGGCCUCGCGGGCUCCCCGCCCGGGUCGGGACAGUGGAAGCCAAAGGUGGAGCCGGGGGAUCCCUCCCUCCACCCGCCCCCCAGCCCUGGGACCCCGAGUGCCACUCCAGCCGCGCCCCCUGCCAGUGCCACUCCCAGCCAGCGCCAGUGCGUCUCCGCGGCCACCAGCGCCAACGACUCCUUCGAGAUACGGCCGGCCCCCAAGCCAGACAUGGAGACCAUUCCCUCGGGGGACCUCCAGGCCCGGGCGCUGGCCAGCCUCCGCGCAAACUCUCGAAAUUCCUUCUUGUUCAUCCCCAAGAGCAAGGACUCCCGGGCCCCUCCUGCUGAGGGGAGGCAGUCCUCGGAGCUGCCAAAGGGAGACGUGGGCCGGAGCACCCCGAGCCAGGAGCUCGGAGCCCAGCUGGUGCCUGGAGGAGAUGGUUCUCCUGCCCUGGGGAAGAAUCCCCUGGAGGUCCAGGCACAGUGGGCAGUCGAUGAGGGGCCCUGUCCAAGGGCAGCCACUGCACUCUCUGACCGAGCCGUCAGGUGGCAGAGGUCGUCCUCACCGCCCCCCUUCCUGCCGCCUGCCGCGGAAGAAGCUGAGCCUGCCGAAGGCUUCAAUGUUCCUGGCUUGGCCAAGAAUAGCCAGGAACACGGGAGGCCGGGGCUGCCUGUCACCUUCAUUGAUGAGGUAGACUCGGAGGAGGAGGCCCCCCAAGAAGCCAAACUCCCCUACUCCACUCACCCUGCUAGGCCCGGGUGCGUGGCGGAGCUCCAGCCGAGAGGCAGCCAUACCUUCACAGUGGUGCCCAAGAGGAAGCCAGGGCCCCUGCAGGAGCAGCACUUGAGUCAGGCUGAUGGGGGCCCCCGGCCACUGGAGGCUGAGGAAGAGGAGGCUGGUGGCCUCCUGGGGCCCACGCUGAAGAAGCGCUACCCCACGGUGCAUGAGAUUGAGGUGAUUGGCGGCUACCUGGCCCUGCAGAAGUCCUGCCUCACCAAGGCCGGCUCCUCAAGAAAGAAGAUGAAGAUCUCCUUCAACGACAAAAGCCUGCAGACCACGUUUGAGUACCCUUCCGAGAGCUCCCUAGCGCAGGAGGAAGACGUGGAGGGGGAGGAAGAGGAGGAGGAGGAGGAAGAAGAGGAGGAAGAGGAGGAGGAGGGGUCCUGCUCAGAGGAGAAGCCCUUUGCACUCUUCCUGCCCCGGGCCACAUUUGUGAGCAGCGUGAGGCCCGAGAACGCUUGGCUGCCCGAGGGUAGCUCAGGCCUGUCCAGCUACACCCCGAAGCACUCUGUGGCCUUGAGCAAGUGGCAGGAGCAGGCGCUGGAGCAGGCACCGAGGGAGGCAGAGCCCCCACCCUUGGAGGCCAUGCUGACACCUGCCAGUCAGAAUGACCUCUCGGACUUCCGCAGUGAGCCAGCCCUGUACUUCUGAGCCCAGCUGUGGGAGUCCUGGAAGCUGGGCAGUGGCCAGGGACUACUGCGCCUUUCUGCCUCGUCUCGUCUGGCCUCACCGUAUCCCCACCCCUCCUAGCCCUGGAAGCAGCCAGGUGCCUCCUGCUGUCGGGGCCAGGUCUGGGUCUCUCUCCCUGGCCCAGGUUUGGGGGAGUCCGAGGGGGAGUGAGGUGGGGUGCUGCCCGUGGGUGAGGGCCAGGGGCCUGCAGGGUGGUGGCCAUCUGCGACCGGGGAGGGGGGGAGCUGUGCAGAUUCUGCACCAGGCCGUUCCCUAUUCCGCCCCUCAGCCUGGCCCUCUGUGACGAGUGGCGUCUUUCCUGCCUCUGAUGACGGACGCAAUAAACAGCACUGUACCAAGC